AUGGGGCGGCACAUAAAGCAGUUCUUGCGCUGAUUAAGGAAAGACCCACCUUUCGGACGACCUCCGGCUUCCAGAACGCCGACCCUCAGGCAGAUCAGGACGACGGUCAUUCCAUCGACCGGCGUGACAUCUCCACACCGAACAUCCGACGGACAACAAUAGAAGGACAAGCAGCUUACACACGUAUCAGGGCCUACAUCAAGUCAACGGCUGUUGACCUGCCCUGCUGAAUGGACGGAUGGGACUGCCCAAACACCACCAUCGUUCGACUGCUGGACGUUAACCCGGUUCUACCUCUUCGACAACAGCGAUGCCGCCUCAGGCAGAAAAGAGCUCAUUGAAGCGUGGACGAGGUUCAGCAGGUGAUGAUGUCGAAGCGAAGAAGCCUCGCCGAUCUGCUCGCUUGUCCAAUGUUGGCACUAAUGGAGAGCACCUCGAUGCGGUGAAGGAAGGAGCGCUGCCAUCCCCGUUGACACGUCAUGCCACAUCCACAAGCGAUGAAGCUCUCCGAACGGAGACGCCCCCAAUAGAGCCGAAGACGCCGACAAGUCCACUGCCCGCAUCGCAGCUCCUGGGCGGCUUGUACUCGCCUCCUAAUGACACUCAACCAUACUCCCAAUUCGUGACACCUGCACCGAUAUCUUACGAGGUAGAGGACGAGGAGGCGGAGGGUGUCUGGGGCUACCUCCUUCCGCUUACAGGUACUACGCCGGAUCCGCUGGUUCUGCGGCGGAGGGCGGCAUGUCCUGUUCCCCCGGGCAAGAUCGGCAAGAAGACCGGAAAAGACAAGGUUAAGAAGAAGCACUGGAAGACUCGUGAGGAGGAGUACGAGAAAGAUAAGCAGAUGAAUGGUAUACCUGCUGGUGGCUUCCUGAUAGGGCGACAUCCGGAAUGUGAUCGCGUUAUUGAUUCACCCACUGUGAGCAAUCGCCACUGUCUGCUGUUUACAGAGAACAGGAACGGAGACUCAAUCGCCGUCGUCGAAGAUCUGAGCGCGAAUGGCACUUUUGUCAACAAUGCAAUAAUUGGCCGUAACAAGCGCCGCGAAUUGCACGGCGGCGACGAGCUGGACAUUCUUCAAGGCCAGGUGCGUUUCAGCUUCCGCUAUCCGCGCCAUCGUGGAACCAGCGCCUUCAAGCAGCAAUAUAGUGUUGAAGGUCAGCUUGGCAAGGGUCACUUUGCGACAGUCUAUUUGGCUACGGAGCGUUGUACCGGCAUGCGCUACGCUGUCAAGAAGUUUGAGAAGCGCAGCGGUCCUGGUGAGAGGAGCAAGGUGGACGGCUUGCAGCAGGAGAUUGCUGUCUUGAUGAGCGUCAGCCACCCGAACAUGCUUUGCUUGAAGGAGACGUUUGACGAGACUGACGGCGUGUACCUGGUAUUGGAGCUUGCGCCGGAGGGCGAGCUGUUCAACUACAUUGUGAUGAAGCAGAAGUUGACCGAAGCGGAAGCGCGCAAAGUGUUCAUCCAGCUAUUCCAGGCUGUAAAGUAUCUGCACGAGCGCAACAUUGUACACCGUGACAUCAAGCCGGAGAACAUCCUGCUCCUCGACCGCGACCUCAAUGUCAAGCUUGCAGACUUCGGCCUUGCAAAGAUUAUCGGCGAGGAAAGCUUCACGACAACGUUAUGCGGUACGCCUUCCUACGUGGCGCCGGAGAUCCUCGAACAAGGCAACCGACGCCGAUACACACGCGCUGUCGAUGUGUGGAGUCUUGGGGUGGUGCUAUACAUUUGCCUUUGCGGCUUCCCGCCAUUCUCAGACGAGCUGUAUUCGCCCGAGAAUCCGUACAACCUUAGCCAGCAAAUCAAGAUGGGUCGCUUUGACUACCCGUCACCAUACUGGGACUCGGUUGGCGAUCCUGCCUUGGACCUCAUAGACCGGAUGUUAACGGUCAAGGUCGAAGACAGAAUCAGCAUAGAUGAGUGCUUAGAGCAUCCAUGGACCACGAACGGCCAAGCACCCCUCAGUGUUACCGAUAGCACCGAUGGCUUGACGGGCGCAUUGGCCGGACUUGACUUCAGCCGUAGAAAGCCAGUGCGUGAACGCACAAUGCUCUCCGCCAUCAACGACGUGAAGGUCGAGCGCGUUAUCGAGACGAAGCCUGAUCACCCGGACCGUUCGGCUCCGCCGGUGAAAGUGUGGGACAAGAAUCGUGGCCCGCAUUUCAACAAUGUCAACAUUGCCGGCCAGCAGACUGUGCAACAAGCGAAUGGUGGUAAAGCUCAUGUCGAGCAUACCAUCGAGCCGGGACCGGCUGAGAACAGGGAUCCGCAAGAAUUUGCUGAAAUGGGCGGAAAGGGCGAUCAGGUCUUGUAUGAGGAUACAGAUGUCAGCCGCUACCCUGAUACAACGAUGAAGGCAGGCGCGCCUGAGAAAGCGUGAUCACCGCUCCUCUAGAUAAGGUGUGCGAUUGACGUACAUAUUCUGCACCGUAGGCGUGCCAGACCGUGGGGUGAUUUCUCGCAUGCUCGUUUGCUUCGAGGAGGGUUCAAGAACUGGUGGGUGGUAAGUGGGUACAACAGGUCACGCAUCGGAACGCAUGCAAGGUUGCUAUGAACUAUGAGCGCUGAUCAUACAUG